CACACAGCCCGGGAACCCCAAAAGUGCGUUAAAGAUAAGAAGAAAAAUCCCCAAAAUCUGAUAAUAGAAGAAGCUACGAUGCAGUCGAACGAGUUUGAUGGGAACGCGGCCUUUUCUGGGGGCGGUUUCAUGCCAUCACAAGCCACGCAGACCGCCCCUGACCGCCCAUCCUCUUCCUCCAAAAACAGUGACGCGCGCUGCUUGCUUCCACUUACGGUGAAGCAGUUGAUGGAUCUCUCCAGAGGUGGAGAAUCUGAUAUUUCCAUUGAAGGUGUUGAUGUCAACAACAUCGUGUUAGUGGGAAGGGUAUCCAAAAUAGACAAUGCUGUUUCAGAAUGUACUUUUAGAGUUGAUGAUGGCACAGGAUGGGUUGAAUGCACCAAAUGGGUUCAUGAGCAUAUAGACUCAGUUGAAGUUGAUGCGAUCUCGGUUGGAAUGUAUGUUCGUGUCUAUGGUCAGUUAAAAAGCAUUCACGGUAGAAGGACUGUGCACACCUUUUCAAUUCGGCUUGUUACUGAUUAUAAUGAGAUUACAAACCACUUCAUCGAGUGUAUCUAUGUUCAUUUGUACAACACCAAGAUGAGGGGUUGCAUCAACACGCAGCCUCGGAUGACAAAUUCUGUUGGUGGCAUGACUGCUCAGCCUCAAGUGGCAAAUUCAAAUUUUGGCAACCCAGGAAAGGGCUACAGUUAUGAAACUAACCAGUAUAACAAUGAUGAAGAACAGAUCCAUGCUCUUAGUUCAACGGUCUUACAAUUCUUGCGUAGGCCAGCAAGCAUUGCAUCUGAGAUGGGGGUAUCCUCUGUUGUCAUCGCUCGAGAACUAAAUGAUUCCGAGGAUAAGGUCAGGCAAACUUUAGAGUUCCUUGCAUCUGAGGGCCUCGUUUACACAACCACUGAAGAUUACUACAAAUUCACUGAUGCCUGAGAUAUUUUGACGUGAGUCUUUAGAGCAAGACUUAUGUUAGUCUCAAUGCUCUGCUUUUGGUUAUAUAUACUAUCUAUAAGUAAUGUCAGUCUUUAGAUCAAUACUUAUGUUAGUCUCAAUGCUCUGCUUUUGGUUAUACUCUCUCAGUAAUAUCAGUCUUUAGAGCAAUACGUAUGUUAGCCCUUAGUCUAAAUGCUCUGCUUUUGGUUAUACUAUCUAUCAGUAAUGU